UUUAUAUAUUAUUGAAUACUUAAUCGUUGUAAAUGCAGCAGUGCUUGAUUGCAUAUCAGCGCCAACAGUUCUCUGGUCCAGAGUCAUCUCACAAUGAACUGGCUGGAAAAAUUCUCUGAAGCUUUGGCUUUAAGUUUGAACAUCUCUAUAUUAUGGUUACCGCUUAUCAUGCUGCUAACUUUCCGGCUCUACAAAUUGUUUCGGGAUAAACGUGCGAUCGAACGGCAAAAACAAAUGUCACUACUACCGAGCUUAACAAAAACCUACUGGGAAGUUCUCAAGAACGCGUUUAGCGCCGCUAGAUUGAGCCCUCAAGCUGUGUUACCCUAUUACUCCAGCAUGCUUAAAAUACUUGGACCAUUAGUACGCAUAAAUGCUAUAAUACGUGACUACGUCAUUAUAAACGAUCCCGACGACAUAAAGAUAUUGUUGUCCAGUACUGAACACAUCACCAAAGGACCGGAUUACAGGAUGCUCGAGCCCUGGUUGAACAAAGGGCUUCUGACCAGCACCGAUGAAAAAUGGCAAGCGCGAAGAAAGUUACUGACCAACACGUUUCACUUUAAAAUUUUAGAAACGUAUCUACCAUCUUUUAACAAGCAUGCACACACUUUAGUGCAAAACCUUGGCAAAGCAUCGAAAAACGAUGAACUUAUCGCGAACAUAAGUUCUCACGUGACUCUAUGCGCUUUAGAUAUUGUAUGCGAAACAAUACUGGGCGUGAGCUUAAGAUCUCAAGAAGGACAAUCCACAGAUUACGUUAAUGCAAUAAAAACCGUGUGUCGUAUAGCCGUCAAAAGAAUAUUAACAAUUUGGCUUUGGAGCGACACGAUUUUCAACGUCAGCACUGGCGGUAGAGACUUUUAUAAAUCGUUAAAAGUACUGCAUACGUUUACUGAAAAUAUUAUUCAAGAAAGAAAACAAAAACUUAUUUAUUCCGAAAAUUUAAUUGCCGGCACCGAGGAAAGAAAAAGAGUACAUUCAUUCCUGGACCUAUUAAUCGGCAUUUCCAAAGAACAUCCUAACUCGAUGACAGAUGCUGACGUCCGAGAAGAAGUAGACACUUUUCUUUUCGAAGGACACGAUACCAGUUCAAUAGCUAUGACAAUGGCAUUGAUUCACAUUGGCAUGAAUCAAAACAUCCAGGAUGACAUCCGAGAAGAGCUUCAUGGAAUAUUUGGUGACAGUCGUCGAGAUGCUACAGUGGAAGACCUUAAAGCAAUGCCGAUAUUAGAAAGAGUAAUAAAAGAAACCAUGAGACUUUACCCUAGUGUUUCGGGUAUUAUGAGAAAAAUAAAUCAACCAUUACGUCUUAAAAAUCAUAUAAUACCUGCAGAAUCUAUUGUAGUCAUCAUAAUUCAUUUAUUACAUCGUGAUGAGUCGAUGUAUCCGGACCCAGAAAUGUUUAAUCCCGAUCGAUUUUUACCAGACCAGUGUAUCGAUCGACACCCAUUUGGAUACAUACCGUUUAGCGCAGGACCAAGGAACUGUAUCGGUCAGAAAUUUGCAAUGUAUCAAAUGAAGACUGUAAUAUCAACGGUUGUUAGAUACAUGAAAUUGGAAACACUAGGAACGCAAAAAGAUAUUGUUGUUAUUCCACAGUUGGUAUUAAAAGCUGAGUCUUUGCCUAGUUUAAAAAUAACAUCACUUUUCACAAAUCAUAAAUAAUGAGAAUUAGGGUUGCUGUUGAGCACAAAAACAUGCAAAAAUAAAACUUCAGAACACAAGGUCCACUUAGAUCCUACAAAGAAUGUUAUAUUUGUAGAUCAUAGUAAUAAGCAGUAGAUAAUAAU